UAUAUAUAUAUAUAUAUAUGGAAUUUCGAAGUGUUGCCAAAAUCACCAGAUCGGAAAAAUAAAAGAAAUUACCUCUUUUAAAAUGAAGGCAACAGUUUGUUUGAAUUGUUAUAUUGUGGCAUUACGGAGGAAAAAAGUUGGAAUAUAGACAUACAUAUAAGCAGAACCAUGAUUAAAAUAAAUAUGAAGUGAGUACAUUUUCAUGUUACAUUAGCCAAAGAAAUUAUGAAUUAUAUAAAGAAUGUGACAGGAAACCGCUCUUUUUUAGGCUCCAUGUCCACUUUGAACGUUUUUCAGUCUAAAAAGAAAACAUCAUUUCAAGCCACAAAUCAACGAUCUGUUGUGCCGAAUCAGCCCAUUGUAACAAGACCGUAUUCAAAGCUUCAACUCAAAUCAUUGGAUUCUUUUCAGUUGGACGGUAACAUUUACCAAACGAAUCGAACUAUUAAAAAUAAACCGAACAAUAGUUUAUUGUCCUUAACUAGCAUAUUAUGUUUCACUGUACACAUGGAGAAUGCACCGUUGGAUAGCAUGAGCAUGUUGUUUCAAUCAAGCCAGCAUUCUGCAGACAACAGACGAAACACAGAGCCAGACGAAGACAAUACUCUGUCGGGAAUUUUCAAUGAAGAUGUUUCAAAAGCAAUACAAUUGGAGAAAAAAGAAAGAAAACCAUUAAGAUAUUCGUCAGCCAUUGCUUGUGAAAGGCUUCUAUUAAAAUAUCCAGACAAUUUGAUGUAUUUAUUAUUGCAAAUGGUUCUGACGCCAGAAAUAUAUUGUCAGCCAUUUCCAAACGAAGAGCACAGGAAACCAUUAUCUGAAGAGAGCUUAUUGGCAAAAUUCGUUAAAUGUAAUCUGAAUGAGUAUGUCGGUCGUGUUGUGAUGUUUUCUCUGACUAUAAAACAUCAGAACGGCUUUUUUGAUAAAAGUAACAAUUGCAGAGACCUGGCAGGUGAGAAGCAACACAAGAGAAAUAAUUCGCCAUCUGGAGAAGCCAGAUUGAAAGACACGGCUGACGACAUUCAGAAAAGCCAACCUCCAAACAUUUUCACAAAGGAACAACGUGCAAUGCUCAUAUAUUACGUGUUUUUCCAGUGUUUGACGUUUUCCCUGUAUUAUGGCCAUCAGGCAUUAGAUCAGCUUGACACAGACACUGUCGCAACGAUGAAACCAUUUUCCUUGUACAUCGUACAAUUUGGUCUAUUGUUGUUCUUUAUCUACAUUAAAUGGUUAUUCAAGUCUCCAUCCUCUCUUAAGGACAGCUAACAAAUUACAUGUGUUUUUUUAAACGAGAGAAGAAAUAAAUGUAUGUAUU